ACGCAUGUCCUCCAGCGCAGUCACCGUUACCCCCCCCUACUUGCACCCGCGUUUCCCGGCAUGCGCAAGACUCGCGAUCGACAACUUGCUUCCGUACACCUUCUUGCUUCCUGCCCCAUCCUCGCGUGCGAAUCGAGCUCACUUGCGUCUGGUCUGCCCUUGUACACGACCGGUAAGCUGAUCUACGUCUACGCAGCGGUGUUCUGCACUCUCUUCCUAUUGCAUAAGGCAUUCCAUAUCCGCCAGCGCCCGCUGGCUUGUCGCCCACCGUCCAGCACAUCGCCCGCCUCCCGCACGCGACUCCGGCAUUGCUAAUGCAUCACCUGAUCGCGCCCGACACGCAAUCGUGAGGUGACGGCGCCCUGGUCGCGGAGAUGAUCUGGAAUUGGGCCCGCUGGCAGUCCCGAAGUAUUUGUACCCGCGUCCGCUCGUU